AUGGAUUCCCUGGUGGAUGGGAACCACACCACAGUGACAGAGUUCAUUCUAUUGGGCUUAACUCAUGAUCCAGUCCUUCGAGUCAUCCUCUUCCUCAUCAUCCUGUGCAUCUACCUGGUGACUGUAUCUGGCAAUCUGUGCACAAUCCAUCUCAUCAGAGUCUCCACUCAGCUCCACCACCCCAUGUACUUUUUCCUCAGCCAUUUAGCUUUUGCAGACUUAGGUUUCUCAUCCUCUGUCACACCCAACAUGCUGAUUAACUUCCUGGUGGAAAGAAAUACAAUCUCCUACCUUGGCUGUGGCAUCCAGCUUGGUUCAGUUGUUUUCUUUGGAUCAACUGAAUGCUUCCUUCUGGCUGCCAUGGCCUAUGAUCGCUUCAUGGCCAUCUGCAACCCACUGUUGUAUUCAACCAAAAUGUCCACACGAGUCUGUGUGCGGUUACUCAUGGUAUCUUAUGCAGGUGGUUUUCUCAAUAGUUGCUCUUUCACUAGCUGCUUCUAUUCUUUACUCUUCUGUGGACCAAAUAAAGUCAAUCAUUUUUUCUGUGAUUUUGCUCCUUUGGUCCAGCUCUCCUGUACGGAUGUCAGUGUUCCUGAAGUCAUCCCUUCAUGGUCAUCUGGCUUUGUCAUUGUGUCCACAGUGAUGAUCAUAGCCAUCUCCUACGUCUAUAUCCUCAUCACCAUCCUGAAGAUGCGCUCCACUGAGGGCCGCCACAAGGCCUUCUCCACCUGCACCUCCCACCUCACUGCGGUCACUCUGUACUAUGGGACCAUUACAUUCAUCUACGUGAUGCCCAAAUCCAGCUUCUCCACUGACCAAAACAAGGUGAUAUCUGUGCUCUACACUGUAGUGAUCCCCAUGCUGAACCCCGUCAUCUACAGCCUCAGGAAUAAGGAGAUGAAGGGAGCACUGAAGAGACAGAUUGGCAGGAAAAUAUGUUCUUAG